AUGUUACAAUGUAGAAAAAUAAUGCAACCGUUCAAUGACAAGAAAUAUAUUAGGACAUGCAGAUGGAGAUUCUGCAACAUCCACUUCAUGAUAACUCCAUUCAUCCAGCCUGCCACUCCAGCCUUCAUCACUCACACAGCUGCAUUGGCACCAUACACUCCCAUCCACUCCAUCAACAUAUCCAACUCCAGCAACACGAACAACAACAGCAACGGCCCGGUCACGAACAACAACAACAACUGCAACGGUACCGUCUACCCGGGCAGCCCAACAACGCCGAAUGAGUCGCCCAACGGAAUUAUCAACUACGCACCGGCAACUUUCACCUACCCCCAAAUUAUUCAACCGGGAUUUGAACAGACACCCGCUGGAUUUGCUCCCUUCUCGGUUAUUGGUUACAUUUCUCCGUCUCCCACAAACGGGCCUUUCACGCCCCUCCAACCACAUUUUCAACCAAUUCCAGGUGCAGAUCCUCAUUCACCGACCACCUUAAACAUGGCUCCCACUUUUGUGCCUGCCCUACAUUGUCUCCCACCUCAACAAAUCAUGCAUUGA